CGAAUAACUUGUCCGCCCUCUUUAACAUUUGAAUUCCUAAAAGACCGUUUUUUUCCUCAUUAUUUUCUUCCAACAAAAACACACCCACUUCUCUCUUUCUCUCUCUAGAAUUUCUCUCACUAAAUUUCAUCACUUCAUUUCCAGAUCUUCAAAUUCGUUUCUGAAUUUGUUUUGUUUUUUUUAUCGUGUUUGGGAUCGAUCUGCAAAUGUGUUUUGUUCUCAUUAUUCCAUUGGUUUGGUUGAAUAUUUUGAAGUUGUGUUCGGUAGGAGAGCCCACAUCUUAGGGUGGCAUAUAAUGAAUUGGGGAAGACAUUCUGGAGAAAAUUAUCGACCUUUGGGUGUUGGGUUAUGCAGAUUUGUCUUUGUGUCAAACAACCAUGGAAAGUGAUAGAAUCAGCACUCCUUCAGAUGGCACUAGCAGUAGUUACCAAAGAGUUCGUCCUUUGCAUGGGAGAACUAGCGGUCCUACGAGACGUUCCACAAAGGGGCAGUGGACUCCUGAAGAAGAUGAUACUCUAUGCAAAGCUGUCCAACGUUUUAAGGGGAAAAACUGGAAAAAGAUAGCGGAAUGUUUUAAGGACCGGACUGAUGUACAAUGCUUGCACAGGUGGCAGAAGGUUCUUAAUCCUGAACUUGUCAAAGGUCCAUGGUCUAAAGAGGAGGAUGAAGUCAUAGGUGAAUUAGUUAAGAAAUAUGGCCCCAAAAAGUGGUCCACCAUUGCUCAACAUUUGCCAGGACGUAUUGGAAAACAAUGUAGGGAAAGGUGGCACAAUCAUCUAAAUCCUGGAAUAAACAAGGAAGCUUGGACUCAAGAGGAGGAGAUGACUCUCGUUCAUGCCCAUCAAAUUUAUGGGAACAAGUGGGCGGAGUUGACGAAAUUUUUACCCGGAAGGACAGAUAAUGCCAUUAAAAAUCACUGGAAUAGUUCUGUCAAAAAGAAAUUGGACACAUUUUUGACAUCAGCACCACUUGCUCAGUUCCCUGCUCUGCCUAUUGUCAACCAUCAGAAUCAAUCAAUCCGUUCUUCGAUAAAGUUGCAACAGAACAGUGAAGAUGAUAGUGUUCGUAAAGAAGGAACAGAAAUGGAGGAAGUUUCAGAAUGCAGUCAAGGUUCAAAUCUUGCUGGCUGUUCCCAAUCUACAAGUGAUAUGGGUAACACAUUUGCACAUACAAGAAAGGAGGGUAAAUUGCUGGAGGAUUCAAAUUACAGGAAGGACCCAAGCGCCAGUUCAGCACCGUGUUCUGAAUACUAUACCCCAGCCUUUGAAGAUAUUACUUUUUCAAUGGAAGAAGUGCCCAGUGAACUUGCCGAAUCCGAGCAUAACUUUUCACAUGACUGGGCAACAUCAAUGGGAAAAGAUUGGCAGUUUAAUCCAGAUGACAUACCUAAUGUUUCUCCUCUGGAGUUGAUGCAGGAUUCUUCAGGUCUCUUCAUGCAGUGUCUAACUGGUACUGAGAAUCAUGACAUGGUAUCCUUUCCACAGCAAAAUGGAAUGAAGUUCGAAACGACUAAUGAUGGAAGCAUGGUUGUCGGAUUACAUCAGCCGAAUGAAAUGUUUACUUCUGUGGAGGGUUUCAGGAUGGUAUACCCUGAGGCAGAAAUUCCUCACUGCUUCCCUUCGGAAACUGGUAUGAAUGGUGAAGAUGAAACUGCGGGUUCUUUGAUUUAUCAGAUCUCUGAGGGUGGAAAUAUGUCCAUAGAAAAUUGCAAUCCUCUCUGUUCAGAUGUUAUGGGAACUUCAUCCUGUCAACCAUGUUCUGUUCCUUCAGAGUUUUCUUCAGAGCAAAGCUCAUUCAUGUUUGGUAUUGCCUCAAAUCAGUUUCAUAAUCCUUUGCAUCCAGCUCAUGAGUCCCAGACAAGUAAAUGUGAUGGUUUUCCAUAUCCCAUUGAAUCUGAUAGUCCUUGUGACAACAUAAUGGAUGAUCCUCUCCUGAAAGACCAACUGGAUCAAACAAAAGAUUCUGUACAGCUAGUUUCUGUGAAUGAUUUUGGCUCAACUUCUUCAAAUACUAUUCAAACAUGUCCGAUGGUAAAUGGAAAUUCAGCUGUAAAAGAAGAGAAGAAGGAUGGGGGAGCCUUAUGCUAUGAGCCGCCUCGUUUUCCGAGCUUGGAUGUUCCAUUUUUCAGUUGUGAUCUUAUACAAUCUGGUACAGAUACACAGCAAGAGUUCAGUCCUCUUGGCAUACGUCAGUUGAUGAUGACUUCUGUGAACUGUCUUACUCCAUUUAGGCUGUGGGAUUCACCAAAAAGAGAUGGUAGUCCAGAUGCCGUCUUGAGAAGUGCUGCCAAAACUUUCACAAGUACACCUUCGAUAUUAAAGAAGCGACACCGUGAUUUGGUGUCACCUUUGUCAGAAAAGAGAUGUGGAAAGAAGCUUGAAAGUGAUCUCCGUCGAGAAUCAUUUUCUAAUCUGGCUAAGGAUUUUUCUCGACUAGAUGUUAUGCUUGACGACUCUGCAAAUGAAAAAGCAAUGUCUUCCCUAACUAAGGAUCAAACUGUGGAACUUCAAGCUUCAUCUGAAGAUAAAGAAAACAUAAAUCCAACUGAAGAUGGACGAAAGGAGGAGGGCAAGGGAUGCAAUGGACAUUCGAGCUGUGGAACUUCUGGGAGACAGUUAGAUGGAGGUGAAGUCCACUAUAAAGUUCAAGGAACAAGGGAGGGCAAAAGGAUUGGAGCCAAUGAUGCAAUUGGAAAGAUAAAACAGCCUUCUGGAGUUCUAGUUGAACUGAAUGCAAGUGAUCUGUUCUUUUCUCCUGAUCGUUUUGGAGCCAACUCUGACAGAGCUACAAAUCUAAGCAAUAAAGCUCUAGGAAAUCAGUAUGCUAGACGGCUCGAAGCUGCAUCAAACCAAGGUUCUGUUUCAUCUUCAUUUGAGACUUCAUGUUUCUCUGUUAUUUGCUCUCCUCGUAUACGUGGAAAGAAGGAUGGAAGUAGUUUUGUUAUCACUACAUCGAUGCAAUCUGCUCCCACAUCAACUGGCUUGGUGAACUCAGCUGAGACUUCAGGAAAUGGAGUUGGAGCUGAGACUGUAAGCAUAUCUGGAGAAACACCUUAUAAAAGGAGUAUUGAAUCUCCUUCAGCUUGGAAAUCUCCAUGGAUCUUCACCCCUUUCCUGUCAAGCCCGAGACUUGAUAAUGAACUUACUUUUGAGGAUCUUGCCCUGUUUAUGAGCCCAGGUGACAGAAGCUAUGAUGCUAUUGGAUUGAUGAAGCAAUUGAGUGAGCAGACUGCAGGAGCAUUUGCAGAUGCCCAGGAGGUCUUGGGAGGUGAUACUCCAGAGUCGAUUCUACGGGGGAGGAACUCCAAAAACCAGAAAGCAGAUGAAAAUCCUUCUCUUUUGUCAGCAAAUGCUAUGAGUGAGAGGCGUACGCUCGACUUCAGUGAAUGUGGAUCACCUGGAAAGGGAAAAGAAACUGAAAAAUGUUGCUCAAGCAACAACAGCUUUUCAAGUCCUUCUUCCUACCUCUUGAAAGGCUGCAGGUAGCAGCAGCAAGUCCUUUCAGGAUGGGUGGAAAUUCUUGCUGUAACAUAUAUAAGAUUUGAUAUACUUGUGUGUAUUUAUUUAUUUAUUAUUUUUGCCUUAUACAAAUACUUGUCCAAUUGUUUGUCAAAAGAUAUGGAUUAGAUAUUAUCAUUUCAUUAAACAUUAUUCUGCUUAA